CCCGCCCCCACCCAACGCACCAACGAACCGCACCCCUCCCUCCCCCAAAACCCCGACACCAACACCAUCGACUACACCCCCGACCCAUCUCACUCACUACCCAUAUCCCCCUCCCGACAUGAAAUCCAACAACACAUCAUAUCCCUCUACUGCGGCAGCGCCUCGGAAGACGACAUGAGGGUCUACUCCGAGAAAGCCAUCUACGACGAUCCGUUUAGUUAUUGCGAUACACGAUACAAAAUCGCAGGCCAAUGGUACGGUAUUCCCAAACUAUUCGCUAAAUCGGAGACGUUGGCUACGGAGGUGACUGCGUCGACGGAGCAUGAGUUGGUUUGGAAGCAGAGACAGCGGUAUACAUGCCGUGGUGUACGGGCUGCCAAAAUGGAGGAUAGUCUUGUUAGUUUGCGGCUUGAGGAUGUUGGGGAGGGAGAUGGUGGGGGGGAGAAGGUAGUGUAUCAUAAGGAUAUGUGGAGUGAGAAGGAUUAUGAUCAUGAGGGGUUUGGGGCUUGGAUGAAGAAGGUUAAUGGGGAUAAAUUGACGGGGAUUACGCAGCCACCGGACUCACUAUAGAUAGAAUUCACUUGUCACAGAUGUGGGUGUUUCUAUUCUUCAUUGAUUUUCUGGUUUUAUAAUCAACAACAACAAUCUAUACUAAAACCACACCAAUCCUCACCAUUAUCAUGAGACGAUAAAGCCCAUCACCCCACAGAACGCGAACAAUUCCAAAAACAGAUAUCCCCAGACCUACAUCCUAAACAAUACCACCUGAUAUCUAUCUAUAUACAACCAACCCUUCCCUAUCAAGACCAUAUCAACUCCCCCACAGUUUGUAUUUUGUUCUUGGCGGAUAAUGAUAUCACCCGCACUCCGUAUCGAGAAAGGAAUGUCCCCGGUGGGGAAAUAAGUAAG